AUUGAGGCGCAUCAGCAGAGGGACGCGCACACGCCGGCAGUCGUGGAGGUGGGGUUGGAGGAGAGGUUUAAGGAGUUGGAAGGGAGGUAUCAGGCUACUCUUUUCAGGCUUUCGGAGUUGGAAGCGUCUGAAGAGAGGGUUAAAGAGUUGGAGGCGAGGCUUGCGGAGAUAGGGGUACCUGCUCCAACGGACAAGGAAGAGCCAACACUCGAGGAUGAAGCAGAACAAGAGCAGGAGCAAGAAGCCUCACUAACAGUGGACGAAGAAGACGAAGAGGCCGUUCUCGCGCGACUCGAAGCCAGGCGGGAUGACGCUCUCAACCUAGGCUCACAGCGCGACUCUCCCAUCGCUCCGGCUGCGAACGAGGAGAAACGGCGUCUUAAUGGGAGGAGCAGGUCACGCUCGUCGGAUUCGGACUCGUCUACCAUCCGUCCGAGCUCGCCCCUCCCCGGGCUGUCGGCAGAGCGUGAGGAACACGAUCUCCUAGCACAAGCAGGGGCAGGGGUGAAGCCUAUCGUCCGUGUUAUGGAAGGGAGGCGGAGGUUCCGCUGGUGGGCGUGGAUCCGCUUUUGCAGUGCGGUGGUCGUGCUCCUUCUGGCUAUCUGGCUGGGGCUGGAGGGUGCACAAAGGGUCGGCUGGGAGAUACAGCUGGACGACGUGCGUGAGUACGCUAGUAUGGGGUGGGCUGUCGUCUACCAAUGUGGGACGAGUGGAGUGGACCUCCUCGUCCAAGGGGCGAGGGGCGGGAUGGAGAUGCUGAAGCAAGUUGCACCUUAGUCCUUCUGAGGUUGCCAUUCACUUAUGCUGUACGUUUUAUGCCCUGGACUGUACCGACCGUUGCCUCUGUACUCUUACGUUUGUCCCUUGUUGCCCA